AUGAUGGAUGACCAGCAGGGAGCCGAGCUCUGCUACCCUCAGCUCCUCAACUCGUCUUGCAGGGGUAUAAUGCGCCCUCGCACUGAGGCCAUCCUCUUCUAUGCUUUGCUCUCUUCCAUUGCUGUCCUCACUGUUGUUCUCAACCUGCUUGUUAUAAUCUCCAUCUCUCACUUCAGACAGCUUCACACCCCCACCAACCUGCUCCUGCUCUCCUUGGCCAUCUCGGACCUCCUUGUCGGGCUGCUGGUGAUGCCGGUGGAAACGGUGCGGUUCAUAGAAACCUGCUGGCUGCUGGGAGAUCUCAUGUGUGCUAUGUCUCACAUUAUAGUCUUCACUCUUACCUCGGCCUCUGUGGGGAACAUGGUGCUCAUAUCGAUCGAUCGCUAUGUAGCUAUUUGUCAUCCUCUGCAGUACUCCAACCAAAUCACUCGCAGCCGAGUGGAGCUGUGUGUGUGUCUGUGUUGGGCCUGCUCAAUCCUUUACAACGGGCUGAUCUUAAAGGAAAAUCUGAGGCAGCCCGACAGAUAUAACUCUUCAAUGUUCAAUCAAUGUUCUAGUUAA